AUGCAUCUACUUCGUUUUCUUCCUAGAACCUCGUUUGGAGUCCCCCUCCAUGCUGUUGUCCAACUAGUGCUGCUCUUCAAUGCAGUCAACAAGGCUUCUGGUUUGUAUGGUCUCCUGUCAAUAUUCACAGCGCACCCGGUCGAUGGUAUACAAUGGACCUACUAUCUAACAAACACGGCUCUAUUCAUUUUAACAGUAAGUACAUAUAUCUACAUCAUCAAAUUACCUUCAUCAAACUUAAACAAUGAUGCAAGUUUGCCUGCCCUUAAAUGCAUAGCUGUAUUUACCAUUUGUUAUGUUGCCGAUUUUCUUUCCGGAAAUCUUUUCAUGCUGUACUUGGCUAACCUUUGGAUCAAGGAGGAAAACCAAGGAGCAGCCAGCAUUCAGAAUUCCACUUCUGUUUAUGUCUCUCAUUUGGUGAAAAGGGUUUCAAAGGAAACUAAAUUACAAAGUGCUAGUGAGCAAUAUGAAAUUGGAGUGUCUGUGAUUACAAUACUUAUCUCAGAAUUGAUCAGAGGUUACUUUGUGUCUCUAGUGCUUUCUUACUAUCUUCGUCUUCGUAGGAGGGUCCAGAGACGUGUACAUGGCUGGUUUGCUCGUCCCGUGGACGUUUUAGACAAAUUGCUCUAG